AUGCCUUCCUCUUCCGCAGCCGGCCCCUCGAAGCGCAAGGCAGUUUCGGCUCCAGUAGCCGUCCGUUCAUCCAAGAGGAUCCAACUCUUGAAUGAGCAGAGGGCGAGGGAGAACGAUGCCGAGCUUCCGUACACGGGAAAAGGCAAAGGCAAGGCAAGGCAAGUCAUCAUCAGUGACGAUGAUGAGAGUGAGUACUUUGAUGAAGAUUUAGGCACUGAUGUAGGCGAAUGUGCCGUCGAAGACGAGGCCGAUGAAGACGGCGAUUACGAGAGAGUCAUCCCAGACUCUGAGGACGACGACGAUGAUGAUGAUGAUGAGGCGGAAGAAGAAUGUGCCUUCCGCACCAAGCGAGAUUGGGUUUUAGACCCCGACUACAACCCAAUUGGAAGCGAAGAACUCCUUAGUGACGAGGAGAUUGAGGAGAUCGGGGACCAAGAGUUACUCGAUGAUGAGGAGACUGAGGGGAUACCAGCGGUAACCGGAGAGGGCCCAAGCCAAGGGGUCUAUAUUCCACCAAGAUUCCGCUUCGUCUCCGACAAAAGGUGCGGCAUCACAAGCCCAGUACGGUCGGCCACUGCUAGCGACCGUAAACGAUUCGAGGCGUUCGACAACAAGAUUCGCCUCGUAGUUUCACGAUUGAAGAUGCUCACGCAAAAGCAUUCAAUGUUCACCGGGGUAUUGCUUGGCGACAAAGAAUAUGAUACAAUGACGUGCGGGUUCGCCAAGUUGUUGGAACAAUCUGACAAGGACUUCCUUGUCGAGUCGUUCUUGAACGGUGUGCCAGAAUCAACAAAGAGGAUUCUUGGCCAAGAACAGUUCGGGCUCCACGAGCUCAAAUCUCUUCCACGACUUUCAGACUCGGAAUUGUCUGAAAAAGGUAUCUACAUUGACAUCGUCGAAAUGGACGGCGAAUUCAAAUGGGAUCUGUAUGUGGGUUCCGCUGUUGCUGAAGUUGGCAUGCUGCAGCGCUGGUAUGGCUACCUCACAGGCGUACCAGAGACGUCUUAUCACGGCAAGAAAAUUGCAAAGCCUGGCAACAAGAUCAAUUUGCGUUGCCUAGCGCAUUUUGGUCACGAUCCAGAGGUUUGGCUCACAUCUUUUGCUGAGAGCCUCUUCAUGUUGUAUCUCGGCACCGUUUAUGAUCCUAGGAAGCACUGGAAUAACCCCGAUUAUUCCAGCAUGUUUAUCAACGACGAGAUUUACAACGCGGUCAGCGAAAUCCGGAAGGAAUGCGGCCUCGUGACCCUUGAGGCACGAGGAAUGAACAGAACCUGGUCUCUUAUCCAGGGGUGGAGAGGCGUCGCCAUCAAGUCGGGCGCCCAAUGUCAUGAUUGUGGACGCAUUGUCCCUGAUAGACGCGACGAAUCAUUUAAGCGGACAGAAUGGACGCACAUCGAUCCUGCCCGUCCAUCAUCGACCCACGUUACAUGCUUGAAUUGUGUGUAUUACAAGCGUAUAUAUGGCAAGGCCCGCACGCCAGCUCAUGAGGCAAGACGGGCGGCAGUGGCGGCCAUAAAGAAACACCCAAACCCUGGCAAAUGCGAAUACAAGGGCUGCACAAAGAAGGCCAGGAGCUGGGUUGAUCAAGAGGGGCACCAGAAAUGGUAUUGUAGCGGACACUGGACUCGUGCGACGAACGGUAAACCAAUGGAUGCUCCUUUCAUCAAGAAUCAAACCACGAAGCCUCCGAGAGCUACUUAUGCAAACCCCGGUCAAUGCGAGUAUCCUGGUUGCGAAUCAAAGAAGACAGUGCAUUGGUGCUCCUUGGAAGGGCAUAAAAGGUAUUACUGCGCUACGCAUACCUCUCGUGCGCAUAAUGGGAAGCCGAUGGAUGCGGCCAUCGUACAAAGGAAGAGAGGCCCUAGUGCCACUUACAAAAACCCAGGCAGGUGCGAGUACCCCGGUUGCACCAUAACGAAGUCUAUCAAAUGGCGUGGAAUGGCAGGCCACCUGAAGUUUUAUUCAAGGACGGCGACCACAGUACCCAUAGUGAGUCGGAGGCCGUCCUUGGAGUUGCGCACACCUACAUCGACCUUGGUGGCUGAUGUAGGUGUGUGGAAGCCUAUGCAUGUAACCCCUGCUGCGUCUGCCAUGUGCAGGCGUACAGCAUCGCAACAUACCUUCUUGCAGGACGGUCCUGUCAUGCAUCGAUGA